AUGGAGAGGGAGGAAGAUGAUGAGUUUGAUGCUGAGAAGGAGGACCCUAAGUGUCCAACAAUUCUGUUCACGGCAGCGGAAAAGAUUAGGUGGCGUAGGGAGUGGAGGUCUGCUCUUGUGGUGAAGGGUCUGGGGAAGAGGGUCCCAUACAUUCCUUUGGCGCGUCGACUCCAUUCUCUAUGGGCGAAGCAUGGGGACCUGCAGAUAUCUGAUAUGAAGAAUGGGUGCUUUCUUGUUCGUUUCCGAAGCCAGAAGGACUAUGAAUGGGCAACAAUGGGUGGCCCCUGGAUGCUGGGUGAGACGUACCUUACUGUUCAUCGGUGGUUCAAGGGUUUCAACCCAUGGAAAACAGAAGUAACAUCAACGAUGGUGUGGGCUCAACUCCCCGAACUUCCUAUUGAAUUCAUUAACAAGGAGGCGGCUAUGAAGAUAGGUGGAUAUUUGGGCAAGGCGGUGAGGGUGGAUAGGGCGACGGAGCUUGGGGCUAGAGGAAAGUAUGCUCGGGUUUGCGUUGAAGUUGACCUCACUCAGCCACUGACAUCUCAGUUCAGGAUAGAGGGUGUUAAGUAUUUGGUCCAGUACGAGGGCUUAGAGGAUCUCUGUACGAACUGUGGAACGUAUGGGAAGUCUACGGGAAGGUGCCAGUGUGUACCUAGAGAGACGGAAAUGGAGACGGAGGACUCCCCGGUCGAGAACCCAGUCGAGAAGGAGGAUCCCACUCAAGGGAAGGUAUAUGGAGAAUGGAUGAAGGUAAAACCCAGGGGAAGGGGUCCGACCAGAACGGAGAAUGGAAGGAAGAUGGAAGAAAAGACCAACAUAAAUAGAUUCCAAGGGUUGGCGGAGGAAGUACAGGAAGUGGAAACAGUGGCAAUAAAUAAUAAUGAGGAGGAAGGAACGGUUGGGAAGGUGAUACGUGAACAGGAACAUGCAAACUUGGAAGGAAUAAUUAAUAAUGAUUUAAUGAACACUGUGGCACCCGUUGGCCCCCCGAACACGAUGCAUGAUGGGCAACAGUCGCCAAAAUUAACAGUUAAAGAGGCCUCGAGCUCUCAGACCCAGAUGCAUGAGAAGCAGCCACACAUUACUGAUCCAAGGAAGAGCCCUACGGGGCAGGCUAUGAAGGGGAAAGGAUCUCUGAAUAGAGAGAAGGGGGAGGAAGGAAAGAAGAAGGAGCAGAAGAAGGGGGGAGGUCCGCAAUCUAAGUCCCACAAGGAACCCGGGGGAAAUGUGUCCCAAAAAACAGCUGAUGGUGCGGGGAACCGAUCCCCUUUGGGUAAUAAAUGA